AUGGCUCCACGACUAAGCCUUUUCACGAGGACAUCUGCCGUGACAAAACCACGACAAGAGGCGGCGAAGGUUCUGAUGGUCGGGGCUGGAGGCAUCGGGUGCGAGCUCCUCAAGACCCUCGCGCUCUCGGGCUUCAGGGACAUCCACGUCAUUGACUUGGACACAAUUGAGGUCAGCAAUCUGAACAGACAGUUUUUGUUUCGGAAGAGUCAUGUGGGACAGUCAAAAGCCCAUGUUGCUCGUGAUGCUAUUCUGAAAUUUAGGCCAAACAUCAAUAUAGAAUCACACCAUGCAAAUGUUAAGGAUGCCCAGUUCAAUGUUGACUUUUUCAAGCAGUUUAAUGUAGUUUUGAAUGGCCUUGAUAACUUGGAUGCUAGACGACAUGUGAAUCGCCUCUGCCUUGCUGCUGAAGUUCCAUUGGUUGAGAGUGGGACCACUGGGUUUCUCGGACAGUACUCCUGCUACAAGGUUACCGUUCAUGUCAAGGGUAAAACAGAAUGCUAUGAAUGCCAACCUAAGCCUAUCCCAAAAUCAUAUCCAGUCUGCACAAUUACAAGCACUCCAUCAAAGUUUGUUCAUUGCAUUGUUUGGGCAAAGGAGCUUCUUUUUGCUAAGCUAUUUGGUGAUAAGAACCAAGAUAAUGACCUUAAUGUGCAUUCAAAAGAUGGCAGCAGUUCAAAGUCAGAUGUCUUUGAAAGGGAUGUUGAUGAAGAUCUUGAUCAGUAUGCUCAGAGGAUUUAUGAUCAUGUAUUUGGUUAUAAUAUCGAAGUUGCCUUAGAGAAUGAAGAAACCUGGAAGAAUCGGAGAAGACCAAAUCCAGUAUACAUUAGAGACACAUUACCUGAAGCAGUAAAGCAAAAUGGUAGCUCGCGGGACUGCAGUAAUGAUCAUGAAGAGCCUUCUGCUAUGGCAUCUUUAGGUCUUACAAAUCCUCAAGAGAUAUGGACUCUGGCUGAAAAUUCAAGAGUGCUUUUGGAGGCUUUUAAAUUGUUUUUUGAGAAAAGAGAGAAGGAAAUAGGGAACUUGGUUUUUGACAAGGAUGACCAGUUAGCAGUUGAGUUUGUUACUGCUGCGGCUAAUAUCAGAGCUCACUCUUUUGGUAUACCACUACAUAGCCUAUUUGAAGCUAAAGGUGUUGCUGGAAACAUAGUUCAUGCUGUGGCAACAACAAAUGCUAUAGUAGCUGGUCUCAUUGUUAUCGAAGCAAUCAAAGUUCUCCGGGAUGAUUACAAGAACUACAGAAUGACAUAUUGUCUUGAACAUCCUACAAAGAAGUUGCUCCUGAUGCCUGUAGAACCUUUUGAACCUAAUACAUCAUGCUAUGUCUGCUCUGAGACCCCUCUUCUGCUGGAUGUUAACACUAAGGUCACAAAGCUUAAGGAGGUUAUCGACAAGAUUAUAAAAAGCAAACUUGGAAUGAACCUACCGUUGGUAAUGAUUGGCUCUACACUUGUUUUUGAGGAUGGCGAUGGCUUAGAGGAAGACGAGGCUGCAAACUAUGCUUUAAACCUUGAGAAGGUCUUGGCCGAACUGCCAGCUCCAGUUAUUAAUGGUACAAAGCUUACCGUUGAGGAUUUCCAGCAGGAGCUGUCAUGCAGCAUCAACAUCAAGCACAGGGAAGAGUUUGACGAGGAGAAAGAGCCUGACGGAAUGGUUUUAUCUGGAUGGUCUGCUCCGGUGGAGAAACAGAUUAAUAGUAACGGGGAGAGCAAGUCGGCAGCUUCUUCAUCCAGUGCGCAUGCCACUGAUGACACCGUUGAGGAUCCAUCUAAACCUGGGAUGAAGCGCAAGCUGGAUGAACUGUUGGAAACAAAGGAAAACUGUGAUGCAUCCAGUAGUGCUCAGGUUGUUGAAGACGAUGAUGAUUGUGUGAUGCUUGACGGGAACCCAGCGUUAAUCAAGAAAAAGAGAUUGCAAUAG